CAUCCAUUUUCAAUCACUUCAGCACCAGGAGAUGAUUACCUCAACAUCCACAUCCGCACACUGGGAGAUUGGACAGGGCAGCUCAAAUCCGUCUUUGCCGAGGUUUGCCAACCACAAUCCGCAAAUCAAAGCGGGCUCUUGAGAUCCGACCCAUCAUCAUCCAGGCCCAGAAUGCCCAAACUCCUUUUAGACGGGCCGUACGGGGCCCCGGCCCAAGACUACAAAAACUACGACGUCCUUCUCCUAAUAGGAUUAGGAAUCGGCGCCACCCCUUUAAUCAGCAUCGUCAAGGACGUCCUCAACAACAUCAAGCAGGGGAAAGAAAUCGAAGAAGGAGGAGCAAUGGAGAACAGUGGCCACAAAAGGAAUCAACCUUUCGCGACUCAAAAGGCUUACUUUUAUUGGGUGACACGAGAGCAGGGCUCGUUCGAGUGGUUCCGCGGUGUGAUGAACGAGGUGGCAGAUCACGACCAUGACAAGGUGAUCGAGCUCCACAACUACUGCACCAGCGUGUACGAGGAAGGGGACGCGCGCUCCGCUCUGAUCACGAUGUUGCAGUCGAUCCAGCACGCCAAGAGCGGGGUGGAUGUGGUCUCGGAGACUAGGGUGAAGACCCAUUUCGCCCGGCCCGACUGGAGGAAGGUGUUCAAGCGGGUCGCCAUGAACCAUCCAGACCAGAGAGUCGGGGUGUUUUAUUGCGGGGCGCCUGGAUUGACUGGAGAGUUGAGGAAAUGGGCUCGAGAAUUUUCCAGGAAGACGUCUACCAAGUUUGAUUUCCAUAAGGAGAACUUUUAGUUACUAAGAGGGUCGAUGUGUCUUGCAAUCCCUAAUUCUAGUGCUACAUAUUCUUUCUAUUUGUGAAGUGUUGUUGAAUGUAUGGUAUCAUAUUAGUUUAUUUUUCUCCAUUUUCAUUACUACGUUUGUGAUUGAAAAAUAGUGAAGCAAAAGAUUGUUUUUAUAUAUGCUAUUAUGAUCCUAAGCUCCUGUUUACCGU